CAUUAUCAGAUGUCGGAUUUGAAAUUGAAAUAUAAAAUAAACGUGUAUAAACUUUAUGAAAUGGGUGAUGUGCAGUGGAACGUGGCGUGGCUGUACAAAUUAUAUAAAUAAACGGUACAUAUGAAUAGAAACUGCCACAAUGUCGAAGUUUAUCUGCCUGAUAGCACUAUUCCUUCUAGUUUUCUCUGAAUUAGCGCUCGCUCAACUUCUAGAAGGCUUGUAUUGUGGCAAAGAAAAUUGCUAUGAUGUGUUGGAAGUCUCCAGAGAAGCCACAAAAAGCGAAAUCGGAAAGAACUACAGAAGAUUAGCCAGGCAAUUCCAUCCUGACUUACACCGAAGCGUUGAAGCAAAAGCUGAAGCAGAAAUUCAAUUCAAAAUAGUGGCAAAUGCUUAUGAGAUACUGAAAGAUGAAGAAUCUCGUACUGACUAUGAUUAUAUGCUUGAUAAUCCUGAUGAAUACUAUGCUCACUACUACAGAUAUUACAGAAGAAGGGUUGCACCAAAAGUUGAUGUUAGAAUAGUCCUUAUAGUUACUAUAUCAGUGAUAAGUGCUAUACAGUAUUACAGUGGUUGGCAUAGAUAUGACACUGCAAUUAAGUAUUUCUCAACAGUGCCAAAGUAUAGAAACAAGGCCCUUGAUAUAGCCAAGCAAGAUGGAUUACUUGCAGAUAAUAAUAAGAGAGGUAAAGGUAAAGUCAAAUUAUCCAAAGAAGAUACUGAAAAUAUCAUUAAAAAAGUUAUCCAAGAUAAAAUGGAUAUCAAAGGUGCAUAUGCUAAACCAAGUAUCACUGAUAUUCUGUGGAUUCAGCUCAUUUUAUCACCUUAUACACUUGUUAAAUACAUUUACUGGUACAUUUCAUGGAUAGUGAGGCAUACUGUUUUGAAACAACCUUAUAGUGAAGAGGAGAAGCUAUAUAUUAUUAGAAAAUCCUUGAAAAUGAACCAACACCAAUUUGAUAGUCAAGAAGAUGAGAAGAAACAAGAGUUUUUAUAUAGGGAAUUGUGGAUUAGGGAGAAUUUUGAUGAAUGGUUCAAGGAAGAAGAGGAGAAUACAAAAAAGCAGCUUGCUGAAAGCAAUAAGUAUAAGCAGUAUCGCAGGUACAUGAAAAAUCAUGGUGUUGGCAGAAUGACUUUUGAUGACUCUUAGUUUGUGAUUUCAUAAGAGGACUAAAACAAUUUUUAUUUUUAUUCUAAUAAAUUAUUUUCAACUCCCAUAAUGUUCAUUGAUUAUAGUCCAACUGAUUAACCUACAU